UCUGUGGACGGGCUCGCGCUUUUCUCGGCGCACUGGAGUACAUUGCCUUAACGCGAGCAAAACAUUUGUCGAUGAUUGAGAGACGGCUGCUGAAUGCUGAGAGAGAAAGAGCAAAGCCCGGAGCACAGAGAAUAACCCUCGGCUAGGGUAAAGCACCACAGCGCCCGUCCUGGAGAGUGCACUGGACAUCACUGUGAACCUUCACCCAGGACAGAAAGAGAGAGAGAGUAAUGGUCUUCGUGAUGGCAUCAAAGUGGCUUAUUUGUUUCUGCCUACUUUGGCUCUGCGUGACAAGGUCUCUUGCUGCUGAUGCUGAGGAGAGGCUGGUAGAUUUUCUGCUCGGUCCUGAGCGUUACAAUAAACUUAUCCGUCCUGCGGUCAAUAAGAGUCAGCAGGUCACUAUUGGCAUCAAAGUCUCUCUUGCACAGCUCAUUAGUGUGAAUGAGAGGGAACAAAUCAUGACGACGAAUGUGUGGCUGACUCAGGAGUGGACUGACUACAGACUGGUGUGGGACCCGAAUGAGUAUGAAGGCAUCAAAAAACUACGAAUACCAUCACAGCACAUCUGGCUUCCUGAUAUAGUACUCUAUAACAAUGCUGAUGGUGUAUAUGAAGUUUCAUUUUACUGCAAUGCCGUAGUCUCCAACACUGGGGAUAUUUUCUGGCUCCCUCCUGCCAUCUACAAGAGCGCCUGUGCUAUAGAAGUCCGUAACUUCCCUUUCGAUCAACAGAACUGCACGCUUAAAUUUCGCUCUUGGACCUAUGACCGCACAGAACUCGAUCUUGUCUUGACGUCUGAUUUUGCCAGUCGUGAUGACUACACACCCAGCGGCGAAUGGGAUAUCGUGUCCCUCCCUGGCAGAAAAAACGAAGACCCCAAUGACCUCACAUAUCUGGAUAUCACAUACGACUUUGUGAUUAAACGCAAACCCCUCUUCUACACGAUUAACCUUAUCAUUCCAUGCGUCCUCAUCACGUCUCUUGCAAUUCUGGUUUUCUACCUCCCUUCAGACUGUGGAGAGAAGGUGACACUAUGCAUGUCGGUUCUUCUGGCUCUUACUGUGUUUCUGCUCCUGAUAUCGAAGAUCGUUCCACCAACAUCAUUAGCUGUUCCAUUAAUAGGAAAGUAUCUGAUGUUUACGAUGGUGCUGGUCACAUUUUCUAUUGUGACGAGUGUGUGUGUGCUCAACGUGCACCACCGUUCUCCAUCGACACACUACAUGCCCGAGUGGGUCAAGUGUGUGUUUCUUCAUAAGCUUCCUGCUUUCCUUCUGAUGCGACGGCCUGGAAGGUCUAAUGUACGGGAAAGGUUUCGACGGAAACACCAACGGAAAUCAUUCUCAUCUCAUCAGGAUGGAGACUCGUUCUUCUUAAGUGAUGACCCUGGGCGUGUGUGCGGGGCUUGGAGGGUCGGUGACCUCCCUGAGGGGUCGGAGUUCAGGCAGAGAGUGAAAGUCAGGCACGACCAAGAUGUGGAUGAGGCCAUAGAUGGUGUGAGGUUCAUUGCUGAACAUAUGAAGAUUGAGGAUGACGAUGAAGGGAUCAUUGAGGACUGGAAGUAUGUAGCCAUGGUGAUCGACCGGCUCUUCCUCUGGAUUUUUAUCCUGGUGUGUGUCGUCGGCACACUCGGACUCUUUGUUCAGCCUCUCUUUCAGAGCUACAACACCCCCGUGGCAGAAGAAGUAUAUGGGGAUUUCUAAAAUAUCCACUGAGUGAUCCUGUGACUUUGGGGCAUACCAGCUUUGACAUAUCACAAACACAAAUCCACAUUAACGUUUAGCAGAACAGAACCAUUGUGGGCCGAAUUCACUAAACUGUUGCAUUAGCGUGUGGUGUUUCAGCGCAAACUUAUGAAUUUUAUUCACCAACCACCCACAA